AUGAACAAGUGUUUUUCUUUCGACUCUGCCACAACAGUUUUUGGGUCUCCAGCUUCUUCUCCAUUCAAUGCGCCACAAGAAACCUUUUCAUACCACUCCACUCCUAAAAAAUCACACGACCGACCUCAUCGAAUUUCAAAAUUCAAUUUCAGCUCUAUCUCUGGACAAAUCGUUCUCCCAACAACACCACGAGACACUAUUCCACAAGUAAACAAUGUAUUACUUUCAUCAGAAAAAUCACAUGUUGGGGUCAAUUCAAUCACUGUGAAUACCUUCAAGAAUGCAGUUGAGCACAACGACAAUAUAAUCGUAGUGGAUUGUAGGUAUCCGUUUGAGUUUGCAAUGGGUCACAUCUCUUCUGCUAUUAAUGUAUGGAACGAGAAGUUGUUAAAAGACGUCUUCCCCGUCUAUCAAGGGGCUGUCCCCAUUCAUAAUAUCGUCAUUUUUUACUGUGAAUAUUCGGGAAUGCGUGCUCCGUCUCUUGCCAAUAAAUUGCACCAACUCGAUGUCAGUAGUGGAAAUCUCUACUUGACAUACCCAGAGAUCUACGUCAUCAAAAACGGCGCUUUCGACGUCUUCAACAAAGCCAAAAAACUAUUCGUCGGAAGUUAUGUCGCAAUGAAUGACAAGAGGUACUCUAAGGAGUGCGCUGACGCACGAGCUAUCGCCAUUUCUCUUCGUCAAAAGAGAAGGUGCUCCACGCAAUCCUUCACUCGUGAGUCUUUCUCCUGUGAUGUAUAUUGA